ACCCCAGGUCGACGCGCUCAAUUUAGCCUCAUUGUUGCCCCUGGUUUAUGACUUUUCCCUAUGCAGUCGACCGGCAAUGACCUCGGCUUGUGAUCUAUGAUGGAAGCGGAGGACUUCAAGCUGAAGCUGAAAUUGAACCAUGAGACUCAGCACAUGAUUGCAACAGUACAUAAGCCUGGACGUAGCUCGGAGAGGUGCUGCCGUCCAUCAAUGUGACCAACAGCGCCGACAAUCUGGAGAACACACAGAACUGGCAACCAUGCGUUUAUCACUCCCAACAAUAUUCUCUUUUGCUGUGGCCAGCGCGGCCUUGCCUCAGCCUCAUGGACCCCCGGACCCAGACAGCCCCAAGCCUUUCAGUACCUUCAGCAACCGCGUCAUCUGGACUCCGCCGAAAGGAGGCCGAGCCAUGUACCCGCGUCAUGCCGAGCUUCGAGACGGCACUCUCCUGGUCACUGCCAACGUUUUUGGACUUACCGGCGGCCCUGGGAACCUUCCCAUCUUUCCCAUCUUCGAAAGCAAGGACGGCGGUGUGACCUUUCAAUGGAUCUCCAACCUCACGGACCAGGUCAACGGUUGGGGCAUGGUCGCCCAGCCCGCCCUCUAUGAGCUGCGGAAGCCCCUUGGGGGAUUCAAGUCCGGCACCAUCUUGGCGUCGGGCAACAGCUGGAGCAACAAUGGAACGCGGAUCGACUUGUACGCCAGCACAGACAAGGCAAGAACCUGGCAAUUUGUGAGCCAUGUCGCCGCGGGUGGUCGGCCAAACACGACCAACGGCGCGACACCUGUGUGGGAGCCGUUCUUACUCGCUUACGAGGACGAGCUCAUCGUGUAUUAUUCCGACCAACGCGAUCCUAAGCACGGCCAAAAGCUUGCCCACCAGCGUUCGCGCGAUCUGAAAACCUGGGGCCCCGUCGUCAACGAUGUCGCCUACGACGAGUAUCUGGCCCGCCCGGGCAUGACCGUGGUCGCCUACAUCCCGCCCCUCAAGAAGUGGAUCCUUGUUUACGAACUCCCUGUCGGUAACUCAAGUUCCCACGGCGUCAACUACCCUGUUCAUUACCGGUUGGCCGACGAUCCAAGAAAGUUUGACUCGGCUGAGCAUAUCCCGAUUGUCAUCAACACCAAGAACGGUACCGUGGCGCCAAAUGCUUCGCCUUAUGUCGUCUGGUCUCCCGUGGGAGGACCGAAGGGAACCAUCGUCGUGUCGGACGCUGAUCGCAGCGCAGUUUAUGUCAACACCGCUGGGGCCGAUCCGGACAAGUGGGAGAUCAAGGAAGUCGGCCAACCCGAGGCUUACAGCCGCGCGCUCCAUGUCUUUGAGAAGAGGCCGGAGCAUCUCAUGGUCCUGGGCGGUGAUACCUUUGACGGAAACGGUGUUGGGGCCUUGGUCAAUAGUGUGUUGGACGUCAGAAAGGUGCUGGAUGGAGACUGGAAGCCUGAGCCAGACCCAAAGCCGCCUGCAUGCAAGGCGGCUUGAUAUUGCGAGGUCUCUGCUCCGUGAUCUGUCCCGAACAUGCCAAUCUACAUCAUGUGUGAGCUUAAGUGUGCGAAUUCGGAGAGGUUUUGAAUGGCUUGGCGAAUCGGAGAUCAGUAUACUCUGUCUCUUACGUUAUGUGAAUACGGAUAGUUGCCGCAAGGCUUCAACAUGUGUACGCACUUUGAGGCAAAGAGCAGUUUGAAACUCUUAGGAGGGAAGGGAAUCGAGUCCCCAUAACUUGGAUCGCAGCCUGGUCAAUUCGACCUCAAACCCUUUCC